CUCAACCUAUACUGUUCUGCUGUAUCGCAGUCAACUGAGUGCAUUAUGGCAGCAUCAAAGAUCCCUUCGUUUGAGCACACGUCCAUGGACAAGAUUGCACCGACAUGUGCGACAGUCCGACAAACUUUUCUCUCGCACAAGACGCGCCCGCUGGAGUUCCGUAUCCAACAGUUGCGCAAGCUGUACUGGGCCUUUAAGGACAAUGCAGACCUUAUUCAGGAGGCAUGCAAGCACGACUUAGGCAAGUCGCAGUUCGAGACCUACCUGACCGAGAUCUCGUGGGUCAUGAACGACUGCGUGUGGAUGGCAAACAACAUUGAGCGCUUCGCAAAGGACGAGAAGCCCGCAGACAUUGCCUUCACCAACAAGUUCAUGGGGCCCAGGAUUCGCAAAGACCCGCUCGGUACUGCGCUCAUCAUCGGCGCAUACAACUUCCCCAUCCAACUGACAAUUGGACCGCUCAUUGGCGCCAUCGCUGCGGGUUGCACGGCUGUCAUCAAGCCUUCUGAGUCGGCGCCCUACGCGGCGAGUGUUAUGCAGAAGAUCAUGGCCGAGUCGCUGGACCCCGACUGCUACACGUGCAUUCAGGGCGCUAUCCCAGAGACGACGGCGCUGCUUGAGGAGAAGUGGGACAAGAUCUUCUACACAGGAUCAGAGGGCGUGGCACGCAUCAUCGCAAAGAAGGCGGCUGAGACACUCACACCACUGGCACUCGAGCUCGGCGGCAGGAACCCAGCCAUCAUCACCAAGCAUGCAGACCCCAAGCUGGCCGCAAAGCGUCUGUUGUGGGCGAAGACGUUGAACGCGGGCCAGGUCUGCGUCAGCCAGAACUGCACAUUUAUCGACCGCGAGCUCGUCCCAGCAUUCAUCCAGGAGAUUAAGAACGCCCUGAAGGAGUUCUACCCCAACGGUGCACGCAACUCGCCCGACUACGGCCGCAUCGUCAACCAGAAGCAAUUCCAGCGCCUCAAGAAGAUGCUGGACUCCAGCAACGGCAAGGUUGUCGUCGGCGGCACCAUGGACGAAGACGACCUCUUCAUCGAGCCUACCGUCGUCCAAGUAGACAGCGUUGACGAUGCACUCCUCCGCGACGAAAGCUUCGGCCCGUUCCUCCCCAUCCUGCCCGUUACCGACCUUGACGAAGCCAUCAAGAUUGCAAAUGAAGUCCACGACACACCCCUCGGCACAUACGCCUUCGGUACAAAAGCAGAGAUGCACAAGAUCCUUGACCAAACACGCUCCGGUGGCGCCUCCCUCAACGACGGUUUCUUCCACGCCUCCAUCCCCACGCUCGCAUUCGGCGGCGUCGGUUCCUCCGGCCAAGGUGCCUACCGCGGCAAAGCCUCCUUCGACGUCUUCACACAUCGUCGCAGUGUGACAACCACACCAGCCUGGAUCGAGAGCUUGAUGGAUGUCAGGUAUCCGCCGUAUACGAGCGCGAAGCUGAAGAAGUUCUCGGGCAUGAACGAGAUCAAGCCUAACUUUGAUCGCCAGGGACGGACGAUUGGGUGGGGUGGGUGGUUUUUGGGUUUGAUUGGGUUGAAGGGGUUGGCUGUGCUUGUUGCGAGCAGCCGCCAUUGGUGUCAGGGCGUACCUGCAGCGUCGUGCGAAGUUGUAGGCACCAGUUGAUGCAGGUUUGCUUGUUGUAGGAUAAUCCACUACAAAGCUAAGUAUACCCUGAAUCUUUCUUUCAUUCGUCGCUUCAACGAAUCGAAUCCAUUUGGCAAAACGUGUCUGCCAUCCUCCUGUUGCCAAACACUGCUGCUCCUCACGACUGCUUGCUCGAUCACAAUCAAGACCAACAAUUGUACUCACCAUCUUUGUACCAUUGAUAGCAGGCAAACGCAAAACACCAGAACAACAACACCUCACGUACCUAAGACUGCGCCCACGCCGUAUCAAUCUGAGACAUGUUGCUGUAACCCUUACCACCCUGUCAAGUCCAAUAAGACAUGUCACCACACCACACACCCAUU